AAAGGCAUUUCAAAAGAAAACUGUUCCAGUUCACAACGUCACAUCUGCUUCAGCAGCGUGAAUAAAAGUGGGGCCAGACAGGAGUAAGUAAAGCUUCAGGAAAGCAAGUGCAGGUGCUUCACAGCUGGCACCUAACUGUUACCAAAAUCUGAGCGCAAAGAGUGUUUGCUUUCAGUUCAGAUCCCUGAGAUGUGGAGUGCUACAGCAUUUAUGGACUGUGAGGGUGGUUGUCAAAUGUUGUUAAACACAGGGAGUCCUUGGAGGAAGAGAGAUGGAGGUAGCUAGAAAGUGUCUGUGUGAUUUGUUGCACUCUUUUUCUGAGAAUGCUUAUGAAGUUUACAGUUUCUGGGCAAAGAGAACUCUCUGAAAUGGCUUUUUCCUUCCCCACCCCUAAAGGAUAUGCCAUAGUUGAUUCUUCUGAUUCCUCAGCAUUCGCUACUUCAGCUCAUUUAGCACGUGUAAUAACAAUACACUGCAUCUGAGUAAUACUUGUUACACAGAAUUCUGAUAGUAGAAACUAUGUGGGAGUAAUCCUGUGCGAGUCUGGUCCAGUUGAGGGUGAACAGGACAGAGAACGAAGGGCUCAGUAGAAAACCAAGAGUUGUUGGUAGAGGGGAGAAGAGACGUGCAGAAUCCCUUGAAGUACUCUGUACAUCCUGCCAUAAAAUGUCAAAGCCAUAAAAUGACACCAACAAUGUACAAAAUAAAAGGGAAACACCAAGUGCUCUGCGUGUGUGUGUGCAUGGGGGGAUCUCUUGCAUUAAAAAAUUACUAUGAAGGGCAUCUGAGAGCUGACAUCUCUCUUAAAUCCCUGCUGUGAGUUCACGUGAGACAGUUUGCACUGUUUCAGUGUGAUGUGGCAUGUCUGUGUAGCAGGCACCAAAGGAGAAGGUGGCCAGUACAAACAUAGACCCUCACAGCUUUUCCUGACAGAUCCUGUGUAUUCUAGAAGUAUUGAUGGACAGAAAUGGAGCCACUGCUAAAAAUGACCUUUCAGGACCAUAAGUUUACCUUUCAGCAGGUCUUUGCAUCUGAAGUUUUAUUAUAGUGUCACUGGUGUACGCCUUGAAACCUCAGUUAGGAAAUCCACAAUAGAGUCACUUUUUCUCAGCGAGACAUGCAGAUCUGGAGAAGCAUCAGAGGAAGAGAGCAGCCUUUGCCUGGUAUCUCCACUCCUUCUGUCACCUUAAAGCUGGGAACAAUGAGGUUGCUCCUAUAUCUACUCUUCCUAAUGAUGGUCAAGUCCUUGAGGAGCUUUAAUGUUGACACUGGCAAGACAUGGAUCACACCACACACAGCCUCUUUGUUGUGGCCCUCUGUUCUUCAGCACUGGGAUGGAAACACAGCCAUGAUUUUGGCUACUUCCUCAGUAGACAAGGGGCUGGGCAGGCUGAGGAAGUGCACCAUUUUGCAGGAGGAGAUCCAGUGCCAGGAGAUACCUCUGCGAGGAAAUAUUAAAGGCUCCAAAAACGUCCAGGAUGGUGGCAUAGCUAUUGACAGGAAUUCAGAUUGGAUCCUGGCUUGCCUGCAGAAGAAGCACCACCGAGCCUUCACUACCACCGAGGACAUGAAUGGAGUCUGCACUCUGCUCACCACCGACCUGCACAGCACAGCCUUCCUCAACCUCACCAAGAUGGUUGAGACCAAAAUAAAAGGCAUUCAAAGUAAAACCAGGAACAAGAUUACUGACGGGAGCAGCUCUGUCAGCACAGACACCACCAGCAGUGCUUGUGAUGAGCUCUUUGGUAGCACACGAAACAACUCUAGGUGCAAAGAAGUGGGAACAGAGAUUGCUGUCAUUCUGGCUGGAUCAGGGAACACCAAACCAGACGAUUUCCAAACUGCCAAGACCUCUGUCCUCAAUCUGAUGAAGUCAAUGUGGCAGAAAUGCUCAAAGAUCAGGUUUGCUGUGGUGCAGGAUGGAGCACAGAUCCAAACUGAACUGAGCCUGCAAGAGAGCUGCAACAGACUAACUGCUUUCUUCAAAGUCAGGAACAUCAAGCAGCAGAGCUCACAGACUGACAUCGCAGCCACACUGCAGCAUGUGUUGGAUAAAGUCUUUGAAAGCCAUGACCUCAGCCAGGCUGUUAACAAGAUAAUCAUUGUCAUGGCAUCUGGGCAAGUGCUUUUGGAAAACCAUAGGUUGAGAAAUGUGAUGAACUCCUUGGACAUGGCUAGGGUCAAACUCUAUGCUCCUGGGAUUGGAGAGUUUAUAAGCAACCAGUGGGUCCCAGAAGAGCUGCAGGAAGUUAGAGGUGACAGGUUCAUUCUGUCCACACAUGAAGAUUUUGACAGUUUCCUUUCAGAGCUGGAGAGAGAGAAUCUGAGAGAUUCAGCUGAAAAUACUCCAGCUGAAGCACCAGAGCACAGAAAACCUAAUAACAGUGGUGACAGCAGGCUCCCUUCCUGGAUGGAGGAGGACGAAGAGGAGGAGGAGGAAGAUGGCUUGCCUUCUGGAACUGAGAUUGCUUUUGUCCUGGAUGGAUCAGGGAGCAUUGAGCCCGAGGAUUUUGAAAGAGCAAAAGGAUUCAUCCAUAAGAUGAUGAAAACGCUGUAUGAGAAGUGCUUUCAGUGCAAUUUUGCAGUGGUGCAGUAUGGGUUUGAAAUCAGAACUGAGUUCGACCUGCGAGAAAACUGGGAUCCUCAUGCCACCCUCCAGAAAGUACUUGAUAUUGUGCAGGUGUGCAAUGUGACAAAAACAGCAUCUGCCAUGCAGCAUGUCCUGGAUUCUAUCUUCACUGAAAGUCAUGGGUCCCACAAGGAUGCAGCCAAGGUCAUGGUUGUGCUUACAGAUGGGGAAAUACUCCUGGAUGAAAUGAACUUGACAACUGUGAUAAAAUCACCCAAAAUGGCAGGAAUCAAGCGUUACGCCAUUGGGGUGGGAGAUGCCUUCAAAAAACCAAAGGCCCUAAAUGAAUUGCGGCUAAUUGCCUCUGGUCCAGAUGACACUCAUGUAUUUCAGGUGACCAAUUAUUCAGCAUUAGAUGGGCUGAUUUCAACCCUGCAGCAGAGUAUUAUUGGUAUAGAAGGGACACAGGGUGAUGCUCUGGAAUAUGAACUUGCACAAGCUGGUUUCAAUGUGCAGAUCUUGGAUAAGCAAGUCUUAAUCUUUGGUGCAGUGGGGGCCUUUGACUGGUCUGGUGGAAUUCUGCUGUAUGAUCUGGCAACCAAGACUGCUGUUUUCCUGAAUGAAUCUAAAGAAGAAGCCCAACAAGCAAAAUACAGUUACCUAGGGUACAGCGUGGCAGUGGUACACACAGAAUAUGGACCCUUGUACGUGGCUGGAGCUCCACGGCACAGCAUGAGUGGGAAGGUGUUGGUGUUUCAGGAUGGCCACUUAAAACAAACCCUGCAAGGAGAACAGGUUGGAUCUUAUUUUGGAUCUCAGCUCUGCCCAGUUGAUGUGAACCAUGAUGGGGUGACAGAUCUUCUCCUUGUUGGAGCUCCAUUUUACCACAUUCGAGGGGAAGAAGGAAGGGUUUACGUCUAUCGCCUGGAGACAGAGACUGGAUCAUUCACUUUGAAAGAACACUUAAAUGUGCAGGUGACCUCUCCUUUUGCAAGGUUUGGCUUUACUGUGGCCAACAUUGGAGACAUCAAUGGGGAUGGAUAUGAGGAUAUUGCAGUUGGAGCCCCCCUUGAAGAUCAGCUUUCAAACUCUACCUCUUUUGGCAGCAUUUACAUCUUUAAUGGGGAUAAAGACAAGAUCAAGAGCUCUUUUUCUCAAAGAGUAAAAGCCUCUGAAAUUUCUUCAGGACUCCAGUAUUUUGGACAAUCCAUUGAUGGUGGCUUUGAUUUCACUAAUGAUGGUCUCCAAGACAUCACAGUAGGAUCACUGGAGAACGUGAUUGUGCUACGCUCGAGACCAGUUGUCCACUUUCUCACCAGCAUGAGAUUCAACCCUGACAGAAUCUUCAUUUUCCAAAAUAACAGCCUUGUUACAGCAGAACUAUGUUUCGAUGGAAUCUCAGCUCUACCAAUGUCUCAACAAGAGUUUUCAGAGUUGUACAUUUUCUACACGGUGGACUUAGAUGUGAAAAUGGCAAAGAGGAGAGUACAGUUUGAAGAUCAGAACACCACAACAAGUGGGAAGCUGUUGGUCAGCGAGCACAUGUGCUCUGAACUGCAGCUUUACCCACUGCCAUGUGACUUUGACUGUUUUUCCAGUGUUUUUCUGAGAGUUAAGCAUGAGGUCUUGACCAAAAAUGAUCCCAUGGAGUUUGCUGUCCCUGUGCUGGAUAGAUACCAGCCAUCAGAAAUGCAUUUUCAGUUGCCUUACAAGGAGGACUGCAACAAGACCAUCUGUGCUGCUCAGUUAACUUUGACAACUGAGAUUCAAAAGGAAUUAGUGGUGGGCUACACUAAAGAAGUGAGCAUGAAGGUUUCACUAAUGAACAGUGGAGAUAACUCGUACAUGACAACUAUGGUCUUGAAUUAUCCCAAAAUGUUACAUUUUAAGAAGGUGACAUUUGAGCCAUCCUCUCCUGCUGUUCACUGUGGCCAACCAGUACCAUUAACUUCUGCAGUCUUAUCCUGUAACUGCAGAAUUGGGUAUCCAGUGUUCAAGAAGACAACUGCAGAUUUUUCAGUGAUUUGGCAACUAGAGGAAAGCAUAUUCCAAAAUAAGUCUUCAAUCACUGUGAAUAUCACAAACAUAAAUGAAAAUAGCACCAUUCUGACUGAAGAACACAUCCUUGAUGUCAGAUAUGCGUUCACUGCAGUCCUUACCAGACCAGUUUCUUCAAUGUAUGUGAAUGUUAGUGAAGGACUACUUGAAAACAAAGAAUUCAGAUUUAAUAUAAAUGGAGAAAAUCGCUUUAAUGCUACCAUCAAGUUACAGAUCUGGGUUCCCAUAAAUAUACAAGGUCACAACAUAAUGACGGUCAAAAAUGCAUCAGGAACACAGGAGGAGACGGCGUGCGGGGUCAGCGGGGAGCCGGAGCCGGGACCGCGACGGGAGAGCGGCGGCACGGACCCCCAGGAUAUUCGGGAUGUGCAGUAUCAGAGCGUGCACUGCUCUCUCCAAAGUGAUGGCGACAACAUUACCGUGAUAGCAGAACUGUCUUUAAGCAAUGCGCACCAGUUCUUAAAAAGUGGAAGUGCUUUGCUGGUCCCUGGGAAAAUCACCUUCGACAAAGAACUGUAUCUGGGCCUGGAAGAAGAGAAUCAUAAUGCUGAGAUUACUCUUAUCUUCCUGAAAGACGAAGUGUUUGAUCCCUUGCCUAUUAUUAUAAGAAGCUGCUUUGGUGGACUUCUCGUGCUGGUGUUCAUUAUUCUGCUCCUCUGGAAGUGUGGCUUUUUCAAAAGAAAAUAUAGAGCUAUGAUGGAGCAAGAGGAUACGUCCUGAAGACUGAACUGGCCAAAGCAGACAGCUCUGUAUGCUUUCCCCAGCUUUUGGAAAAAAAAAGAGUCUCUCUUUGGCAAAGCCAAAGUCUGGCUAAGCUGCAAAGCAAUCCAUAUUCCCUGGUAGAGCUAUGGCACUCCAGAUCCUGGGACUCUCCCAUAUUGCUGUUCUGACCGUAGGGGCUCAGCUGUUUUGGGCAAUGCAGUUACCAGCUUGUUUAAUUUGAGCUAUUUAUCGCAGAGGUAUUGAUAAACUAGAUUCCCCAUGAGAAAUUUUGCUUUAAUGUAGAUACACUAGGAAAAAGUCAUCUUGGAGCUUGUUAGAUUUAUGUAUUGGAUUGCAGUCUUAGUUGCUAUGAUGCUGAGUGGCUCUUGAUUUUCGUACUGAGUAGCUUCAUAGAAUUGAAACAAAAAUUGAUUAGGGGAAGCUUUCCAUCCUGCUAUUGCUAUUGCAAAUGGAGACACAAUCAUUUUACAUAUACACGUGUAUAUAUAUA